AUGUCUACUGUUCUUCUUGCUGUCAUCGCCGUAAUUUUGUGCGUUCUUUUCCGAAUUCUGAAUGUUAACAGCCAACCUCACAAGCCCGUAAUAUAUGGCAGGGAUAGAAAUUUCAUCGAAAAUAUACUUUUCGUCGCACCAUUUCUGAGUGAACCAUAUAUACCGACACGAUUAUGGGGUUUUAGUGGUCAUGUCCAGACAAUACUUCAUAGUUUGAUAGGUCGGGUGCGUUGUCCUUGGCCUAUUGGUGGACGAAUAUCUCUCAUCUUGCCUGAUAAGUCAACACUGACAUAUGAUCUCUAUGAGCCACUAGGAGCAGAACAUGAGGAUGAUGUCACGGUGGCCAUUUGUCCCGGCAUCGGUAAUACAUCGGAGAGUGUGUACAUCCGUACAUAUGUACACUAUUCGCAGCGCCACGGCUACCGGUGCGCGGUACUGAAUCAUAUCGGCGCCCUGAACAGCGUGCCUGUGACAGGCGCUAGAAUAUUCUCGUACGGUCACACGGACGACUUUAAUUAUAUGAUAGAUAAUUUAAUGGAGAGAUAUCCGAAUACGAAGUUGAUUCUAGUCGGUUUCAGCCUCGGCGGCAAUUUGAUUACUAAAUAUUUAGGUGAAGACAGGAAAAGGCCUGAUAAUAUUAUAGGUGGAAUAUCAAUAUGCCAGGGAUACAAUGCCAUAGACACAAUGGUGUAUCUUCUUCAGUGGCAAAACUUCCGCCGCUUCUACUUGUACAUAAUGACGGACAAUUACCGAAACAUUAUAACCCGCCACAAGAGGACGCUGCUGAGUAACGAGAUGAAGAACAGAUACUCGCUGGACGAGAACAUGAUAGUGUCAGCUGGUACAUUACCAGAUCUUGAUGAAGCUUACUCAAGGAGGGUGUAUGGGUUUAACUCUGUAGCUGAGUUGUAUAAGUGGAGCUCAUCGGCCUUCUAUCUUCAUAAUAUAAAGACGCCUAUGAUAUUUAUAAACGCUAAAGACGACCCCAUAGUGCCAGAACCAUUGUUGCCACUCAUCAGAGAAUUUGUCAGUUCCCACGACAAAGCGAUGUACCUGGAAUUAUCUCACGGUGGUCAUCUCGGCUUCUAUGAGGGCGGCUUGUUGUAUGCUAACCCAGUCACGUGGUUGGACCGAGCAUUAGCUGCCAUAGUCGGCGGGCUCAUGAUGGCACACCACAAAUGUGUACCACAAGACAACGCCGAUGAACCAGACUUAAUAAAAUCAUCCACCAUCAUAUAUAGAGAUCCUCUGGAUAAGGCACUUGUAGUGUAG